AAAAUCGUAAAAUGAUUUUGUAAACUGAGCUCUGCGCAUGCGCUUGAUGGAAAUUACAUAUACAAUCGCUCAAUCGUCUUCCCCUCAAACCUUUUCUCUUCCGGCUCCAAUUCCUCAAUGGCCUCAAGGACAAGGUUUUGCUUCCGGAUUUGUAAAUCUUGGUGAAAUACAAGUUUCCAAGGUUAACAAGUUUGAGUUUAUUUGGAGAAGCAGUUUUUUGCCAGAUACAAAAAGUGCUGUUGCAUUCUAUAGGCCUGUAGGAGUACCUGAUAGUUUCCAUAUCCUUGGUCACUAUUGUCAACCUGUUGACAAGCCUUUACAUGGUUUUGUACUUGUUGCAAGGGAAGUGGAAACUUGCAUGCCCAAAACUGCUGACGAUAUUUGCAACCAAGAUAAGUUACCUCCUCUGAAGAAUCCCCGUGAUUUUAAGUUAGUUUGGAAUCAAUAUUCAGGAAGAAUGGAAAUGCCAGGUGUAUACUUUUGGCUACCUGAACCUCCUGAAGGUUACAAUGCUCUUGGCUACUUGGUAAAAAACAACCCUGACAAGCCUUUGUUGGAUGAAAUGUGCUGUGUUCGUUCUGACCUCACUGAUAAGUGUCAAACAUACCGCCAAAUACUCACUGUUGGUUCUAGAAAUCGAGAGUUUUCAUUUCAGGUUUGGAGUUUGAGACCUUGUGAUCGUGGCAUGAUAGGGAAAGGAGUUUCUGUUGGGACAUUUUUCUGCAGCAAUGGCUUGAACAUGAGAGAAGAGCUUCCUGUUGCAUGCUUGAAGAACCUAAAUCAUGUGCUACCAGCAAUGCCAAAUUUGCAGCAAAUACAUGCACUUAUUAACCAUUAUGGCCCUACUGUUUUCUUUCAUCCUGAUGAAACUUACUUGCCAUCUUCUGUGGAUUGGUUUUUUAAAAAUGGAGCCAUGUUGUACACAAAGGGUGUGUCUAAAGGAGAGGAAAUUGAUGCAAAUGGCUCAAAUCUACCAACUGGGGGAUCAAAUGAUGGGAAGUUUUGGAUAGACUUGCCAAGUGAUGGUCGAAGGGAUUUUGUGAAACGUGGGGACUUGAAGAGUGCAAGGCUUUAUGUUCAUGUGAAGCCAGCACUUGGUGGAACUUUUAAUGACAUUGCAAUGUGGGUGUUUUGCCCUUUCAAUGGGCCAGCCACUCUGAAAAUUGGAAUUAAGAAUGUAACAAUGAGCAAGAUUGGAGAACAUGUUGGUGACUGGGAGCAUUUUACACUUCGUAUAUGCAAUUUCAGUGGAGAACUAUAUAGCAUAUACUUCUCUCAGCACAGUGGAGGUGAAUGGGUGGAUGCAUAUGACUUGGACUAUAUUGGAGGCAAUAAAGCUAUUGUUUACUCAUCAAAAUUUGGACAUGCAAGUUACCCUCGUCCGGGAACAUGUAUCCAAGGUUCUCCAAAACUUGGGAUUGGAAUUAGGAAUGAUGCUGCUCGCAGUAAUUUGUAUGUGGAUUCUAGUAUUCACUAUGAGCUUGUUGCAGCUGAGUAUCUUAAAAAUGAUGUCACUGAGCCUCAAUGGUUGCAGUUUAUGAGAGAGUGGGGCCCCAAAAUUGUUUAUGAUAGAAAAACUGAGCUGGAUAAGGUAAUCAAUGCUCUUCCUCGCAUACUUAAAUAUCCGGUUAGGAACUUAUUUAACAAGUUUCCAGUGGAACUUUAUGGUGAGGAAGGUCCCACUGGGCCAAAAGAGAAGAAUAAUUGGAUAGAGGAUGAAAGAUGGUGAU